AUGGCAUCCUCGUUCCUUCUUGCCGGCCGGUGUGCUGCGCGGCACCAUUACAGCAGCAGUCUACCUCUACCAGUGCACAGUCACGCUACAUGGCGCAGAACUCUGCCGUCAGCAUCGCGGUUGCCUGUAAGGCAUCAGACACAAUCUGCACAGCUCGUUGCGCCGAAGCCUUCACAGAAAUGGCGACCGACAGCAACAAGUCUCGCGCGUUUCUCGGCACCAGCUUCAAGUAUAGCAACGACAGCACAGGAUCCAAUGCCUAAAGCCUUGCCAGCAUACAAACCACCAACAACGGGCCUUGUUUCUUACCUCCCUGCAAGGGCCAUCCCAUAUGCUGAGCUCAUGCGACUUCAGGCACCUGUAGGGACAUACUACCUCUUCUUCCCGUGUCUGUUCAGCACACUGCUGGCUGGCACAAUGGCUGUACCCGUGGCUGCGCCGUCAGCCGUUCUUGGCACUACGGCAUUGUUCCUUACCGGAGCACUCGUCAUGAGGGGGGCUGGAUGUACCAUCAACGACCUCUGGGAUCGCAAUCUCGACCCUCACGUCGAACGCACACGACUACGUCCCCUUGCCAGGAAGGCAGUGACACCCCAACAGGCCAUUGUCUUCCUCGGAGGCCAGCUUUUCACAGGUCUGGCCGUUUUGUUAUCGCUGCCCUUCGAAUGCUUCUGGUAUGCCACGCCAUCGCUCAUCCUCGUCACUCUCUACCCGCUGGCAAAGCGUGUCACAUAUUACCCACAAUUCGUCCUCGGCCUCACGUUCUCCUGGGGCGCCAUGAUGGGCUUUCCUGCGCUCGGUAUCGACCUUCUUGCCAACCAAGCUGCACUCACUGCAGCUGCCUUUCUGUAUACCAGUAACAUCGCCUGGACAGUAUUAUAUGAUAUGAUCUAUGCACACAUGGACAUCAAAGACGAUGUCAAAGCUGGCAUCAAAAGCAUCGCGCUCAAGCAUGAGAAUGAGACAAAGGCAGUUCUAUCGGGUCUUGCUGUUGUGCAAAUUGGACUUCUAGCUGCAUCUGGAUUUGCCGCAGGGCUUGGUCCCGUCUUCUUCAUUGGCUCUUGUGGAGGCGCAGCGUUCACACUGGGCACCAUGAUCCGGCGCGUCAAGCUCAAGGAGGUCAAGGAUUGCUGGUGGUGGUUCGUCAAUGGUGCAUUCUUCACCGGAGGAGCUAUCAGCCUGGGGCUUGCUGGCGAGUAUGCUGCGCACUUACUUGGCUGGUACAACGAAGAAGAGAAGGUCAAGAAGCAAGAUUUGGUGGAAGCUUAG